CACACAAGCUGUGAUAUAUGCAGGAUGAAAUUUCUACCUAUUGUGGGAUUAUUGUUCGCAGUUGCAUACACGUGUGAAGAAAUUUCGAAAAAAUGGAAUAAAUAUUCGUGUAAUUUACCCAAAAACCACACGGAUGCAGAAGCAAGAUGUUAUAGAACAAAGGCAAUGUCCACCGCUCAUAUCAUUAACAAAUUUUUUUCGUUAAGCUGUGCAAACGAACCGAUCGACCCUACAUUAGUGCACUGUCUGGAGGCUAAAAAUAUGAGGUAUGUGGAUAUUAAGGAUUGCUCUUUGUCAGAUUUUGACGUAGGUAGAUUCGUUUCGGGUGUUGAAGUCUAUGACGUAUUCAUUAUCUACACCACCAACGUAAGAAAUUUCGAUAGUGCAAAAUUUAGGAAUAUUCCUUCAGUGAAAGUGAUAAAACUUACUGGUCUAAGAACUGAUUUAUUAAAUAUUACAUUCGAAAAUCUUCCUUCUUUAGUAUCUCUAGACAUCGUGGAUCAUAACUUUACACGUAUCUUUCAAACACCUUUUCAACACUUAACAAAUCUUGCUGUGUUAAGUAUGAAGAACGGUGUCUUGGAACGUUUACCUGUAAACCUAUUUCGAGGCCUUUAUAACCUGAAAAGUCUUGAUUUAAGUUAUAAUUUAAUUUCUCAACUUCUGCCUUCACAAUUUCAAAAUCUUUCGAAUUUGCAAUAUUUGGAUCUGACAGGUAACCAAGUUGUCUACUUACCUAAACUUCUCUUACGUUACAUUCCAAAUCUGAAAGGUCUUUACGUUGAUAAGAAUAAAUUAACUCGAUUACCUGAAAGUUUAUUUGCUUUCUGUCCAAAAAUGAAUUACUUUUGCAUAUGCCAUAACAAUAUAACACGAAUUCCUUCUGGAAUUUUUAAGGGACUACACGAGUUAAGAUUCUUCAACGCUCUAAACUGUUCAUUAACUUCCCUCGAAGAAGAUUUAUUUUCUGAUGCAAGAAAUUUAACAUCAGUUAUUUUACAGAAGAAUAAACUUCAAGAUCUACCUUCAAAUUUAUUUAAAAAUAACAAAAAUCUUAAAUCAUUUUAUGUUGGAGGAAAUAGAAUAACAAGUCUUCCUGCAAAUUUCUUCCACGAUCUUCCUCAAUUGGAAGUACUAGAGCUAUCGAGAAAUAGUUUGAGGAAUAUUUCUAGUGAUAUUUUUUACAAAUUAUCAUCUCUUCAGCGUUUGGAUUUAUCACAUAAUUUUAUUAGUUGUAUGCCUGGUAACGUUUUUCAUCCCUUUAUCAAUUUACAGGCAUUGGACUUGUCUUUUAACAACUUCAGUGCUGUUACUUCUGAACAUUGUCUUGGUAUCAUUACAAAUGUAAACCAGUUAAUACUCAAAAACACGGGACUUCGAUUUUGGCCACACCUGAACUGGUCAAAGAACAGUUUUGAUUUCGUAGAUUUAUCACAAAACGAACUGGAAUCAGUGACAUUGCCAAUUUUUACUCGAAACACUAUGAAGAUUAACUUAUCGCAGAAUAAUAUAAGGACUAUUCAUCUGGAUACACAUAAAUACGGGCUAAACAGUCCUCUGUAUGAUAUACGAGAUAACAAUAUCACGUGUGAUUGCGAACUUCGCCAAUUUGUACACUUUCUGAUGAACAACGAGAUAUCGUUGAAGAUGUUUCCAGAUAUUGAAAAUUUAACAUGUUUUGGAGAGAACAGAACACUUUUUCCCUUGUGGUACACGUGUCCUAUUAAAGAAAAAUGCCCCGUCGAUUGCGAAUGUUACUUGGACUACGAAGGAAUAGUAAUAAACUGUUCUGGUAAACACUUAAACGCCAUACCAGAUGUUCUUAUUGAAGGUUCUACAAUAGUGGAUUUGAGAUUUAAUAACAUUAGCACCAUCUAUGGCUUCGAAUCACCAACAUGGAAGAAUGUCACUCACGUGUAUUUGAAUCAUAAUAUUUUAAAAUAUUUCAAUAAUUUUCCUCCAAAUAUUAUUUUACUAGGUUUGGCGGGAAAUAGGUUAUCUCACUUGCCUCCAUUAUUGAUGAAACACAUCGAUGAUGCCAAUGAUUUUAAGAUUUUUCUGGCAGGCAACAACUGGACUUGCGGCUGUGACUCGCUGUUUACUAAGGAAUGGCUCGUUAGAAAUAAAGAAAAAGUAAUAGAUUUCGAGAAUGUUUCUUGUCUGAUAGCUUCUGAUACAUUUUCAUUUACUCAAAUUGCCUCUUCUGAUAUAUGUGUAAGUGUGAAAGGCACCUUUCUUGCAUGGAAGAUUGUCGUGAUCAUUGUAAUUUCUGUACUUUUAGUAUUGUUAUUGAUAACUGCAAUAAUUGUUUAUAUCCGUUACGGAAACAAAACUAACAUUUUAAAGAAAUCAGGAACUGAGUUAGACAAGCCUGUGUUUUCAUUUUCGUACGUCACAAUGUCGAACGAAUAUAUAAAUUCUGCUUUAUCAAAGUAAAUGUUGUAGGUUCGAAACUUACAAGAGUACAUACGUAUUUAUUCAAUAACCAAGAAAAUGAAUAGGAUUGUAAACAACACAACAUACGGCUGAAGUGCCCCACGAGUAGACUUUUCAUAAGAAACUGGACCCUAUUUGUGAGACGCCUAAAGAAAACAUGGAAAAAUACACGUGACAAACUCGUUGGUGGGAUGCAAACACAUGAGUAGUGUUCAGUGAUUUUAUAGAAGUUACAACUGUAAAAAAAUAUAUCUCAGUUAAGUGACUUUUGGGCAAUUUUGUUCGUGUAUAACGUGAUUUGUGUAGAUAUAUUAAAAGUAGUUAUUUUAAAUAUUAUUCUCUGAAGUGUAUGAUAAUAUUCCAUUAUUCUAAACUUUAAAAGUGUGUUUUAUAUUUUAU